AUGGCGUCGGCCGAGGUGGGAAUACCGCGCCGCGAGCGCGAUCGCGACCAGCGCGACGGCAACCCUCGUCGCCGUGACGGUGGCGAUUCGUACCGUCCCGGUGGCCGCCCGCGAUCGCGCACGCCGCCUCCCGUCCCGACUGAGGAACAGAAGCAGGCGGCGGCCAAGGCUGAGUACGAGAAGCUCCUGACGUCGCGAUCCGGAGGCACGUACAUUCCACCCGCGCGUCUGCGUGCCUUGCAGUCGCAGAUUACCGACAAGAGCAGUAAGGAGUACCAGCGCAUGGCGUGGGAGGCGCUCAAGAAGAGUAUCAACGGUCUCAUCAACAAGGUCCAUACGGCCAACAUCAAGCACAUCGUUCCCGAGCUGUUUAGUGAGAACCUGAUCCGCGGCCGCGGCCUCUUUUGCCGCUCGAUCAUGAAGGCACAGGCUGCCAGUCUGCCCUUCACGCCCAUCUAUGCCGCCAUGGCAGCCAUUGUCAACACCAAGCUACCCCAGGUCGGCGAGCUUCUCGUCAAGCGCUUGGUCAUGCAGUUUCGCAAGGGCUUCAAGCGAAACGACAAGUCGGUGUGCUUGUCGUCCACGACGUUUCUGGCACACUUGAUCAAUCAGCAGGUGCAACACGAAAUGCUUGCCGGCCAGAUUCUCCUCCUCUUGCUCAACAAGCCCACGGACGACAGCGUUGAAAUUGCUGUUGGCUUCUGCCGCGAAGUUGGUCAGUUUCUCGAAGAAAUGCGGCCCACGAUCGCCAAUGCCGUCUUUGACCAGUUCCGCAAUAUCCUCCACGAGGCCGGCAUCGACAAGCGAACACAGUACAUGAUCGAGGUCCUCUUCCAGGUGCGCAAGGACCGCUACAAGGACAACCCGGCUGUCAAGGAGGAGCUCGAUCUCGUCGAGGAAGAAGACCAAAUCACACACCAAGUUGAGCUUGAUGGCGAAAUCAACGUGCAGGACACCCUAAACAUUUUCAAGUUUGACGAGCAAUAUGAGGAGAACGAGGAGGCCUACAAGAGACUCAAGGCAGAGAUUCUCGGCGAAGCGAGCGACGACGAAGAUGACGAGGACGCCGAAGAUGAGAGCUCUGACGAGGAGGAUGACCAAGAAACCAAAGCUAUGGAAAUCAAGGAUCAGUCAAACGCCGACCUGGUCAACCUGCGCCGCACCAUCUACCUGACCAUCAUGUCUAGCGCCGACCCCGAAGAAGCCACGCAUAAGCUCAUGAAGAUUAACCUGCCCGCGGGCCAAGAACCAGAGAUGCCGUCCAUGAUUGUGGAGUGCUGCUCGCAAGAAAAGACUUAUACAAAGUUCUUUGGCUUAAUUGCGGAGCGCUUCGCCAAGAUCAACCGCCUCUGGUGCGACCUGUUUGAGCAGUCGUUCCAAAAGUACUACGAGACCAUUCACCGCUACGAGAACAACAAGCUGCGCAACAUUGCCAUGCUAUUUGGCCACAUGUUUGGCUCCGACGCCCUCGGCUGGCACUGCCUCUCCGUGAUUCGCCUCAACGAGGACGAGACGACGUCGAGCAGCCGCAUCUUCAUCAAGAUUCUGUUCCAGAGCCUCGUCGAGGAGAUUGGCCUGCCCAAGAUCAAGGCGCGCAUGGCCGACGAGGUGCUGCGCCCCAGCCUCGAGGGCCUCUUCCCCAGGGACAAUGCCCGCAACAUUCGCUUCGCCAUCAACUACUUUACCAGCAUUGGCCUCGGCGCGCUGACCGAGGAGAUGCGCGAGUUUCUCCAAAACAUGCCCAAGCCGACGCUUCCCGCACCGGCGGCGCGCCGCGGCGGUGGCGACGACUCCGACUCCGACUCGGUGUCGAGCUAUUCGUCUCGCACUGGAUCGUCGUACAGUCGCUCCCCCAGCCCGCGCCGUAUUGACGACGAUCGCGGCCGCUCGCUGUCGCGCUCACCCUCACGCCGUAACCGUGGGCGGUCAUAUUCGAGUAGUCGCUCCCGCUCCGCUUCCUAUAGUAGCCGCAGCCGCAGCAGGAGCCGCCAGUCCGUCUCCGACGCCGGUCGCGGCCGCCGCCAAUCCUCAUACUCGGCCAGCCCUCCUCGCCGCGGCCGCCGCGCCCCCUCCUACAGCCGCUCCCGCUCCCGCAGCCGCUCCUACGACUCCUACAGCGACGUCUCGCCCCCGCCCUCCCGCAGCCGCGCUCGCGACGCCAGCCCGCCCCGGGUCAAGCGCCGCAACAGCUCCUCGAUCAGCCGCAGUCCUCCACCCCGCAAGAGGGGCCGCUCGCCCUCGUACUCUCGCUCGCUGUCUCGCUCGCGCUCGCCGCUGCCCGCGCGCCGCAUCAAGACGGAGGAUCGCAGCCGCAGCCGCAGCCGGUCACCGCUUCGUGCUACGCGCGGCGACUCGCGCAGCAACGGCAGACGACGGUCGUCGAGCCCCGUGGCGUCAAAGAGGAGGCGUGCUAAUAGCUCGAGUGUUUCGCGGUCGCCGCCACCGGUCAAGCGUGGCCGUCGUGGUAGUUGA